AUGAAGAUAUGCCGUUUCUGUUGGAACCGCAUACGGGAGGGCGAGAACGGCCUGUGUCCCGCGUGUCGGAAGGCGUAUCCGGAGAACCCUGCAGACUUCACCCCGCUCAGUCAAGAGCAGGUGGCAGCCAUAAAGACGGAGAAGAAGGCACGCGAGCAGAAGCGGCGGAACAAGACGCUGGAGUCGCGGCGAGCGCUCGCGAACGUUCGCGUCGUGCAGAACAACCUCGUGUUCGUCGUGGGGCUGCCGGUGCGGCUCGCCGAUCCCGAGAUCCUCAAACGUCAGGAGUACUUUGGCAAAUAUGGCAAAAUUCACAAAGUAGUUAUAAACCAAAGUACCGCGUAUGCGGGGUCACAGGGUCCGUCAGCGUCGGCGUACGUGACAUACGUGUCGCCGGCGGACGCGCUGCGAGCGAUCCAGGGCGUCAACAACGUGUCGCUGGACGGCCGCGUGCUCAAGGGCUCGCUCGGCACCACCAAGUACUGCGCCAACUUCAUGAAGAACCAGCCCUGCCCCAAGCCCGACUGCAUGUACCUGCACGAGCUAGGCUACCCCGCGUGUCGCUGCGGCCGCGUGCUCAAGGGCUCGCUCGGCACCACCAACUGCUCCAACUUCAUGAAGAACCAGCCCUGCCCCAAGCCCGACUGCAUGUACCUGCACGAGCUAGGCUACCCCGCGUGUCGCUGCGGCCGCGUGCUCAAGGGCUCGCUCGGCACCACCAAGUACUGCGCCAACUUCAUGAAGAACCAGCCCUGCCCGAAGCCCGACUGCAUGUACCUGCACGAGCUAGGUGAGCCAUCUUGUGCCUUAUGCGCUUGUGAUAGAGGCUACCCCGCGUGUCGCUGCGGCCGCGUGCUCAAGGGCUCGCUCGGCACCACCAAGUACUGCGCCAACUUCAUGAAGAACCAGCCCUGCCCCAAGCCCGACUGCAUGUACCUGCACGAGCUAGGCUACCCCGCGUGUCGCUGCGGCCGCGUCCUCAAGGGCUCGCUCGGCACCACCAAGUACUGCGCCAACUUCAUGAAGAACCAGCCCUGCCCCAAGCCCGACUGCAUGUACCUGCACGAGCUAGGUGAGCCAUCUUGUGCCUUAUGCGCUCGUGAUAGAGGCUACGCCGCGUGUCGCUGCGGCCGCGUGCUCAAGGGCUCGCUCGGCACCACCAACUGCUCCAACUUCAUGAAGAACCAGCCAUGCCCCAAGCCCGACUGCAUGUACCUGCACGAGCUAGGCUACCCCGCGUGUCGCUGCGGCCGCGUCCUCAAGGGCUCGCUCGGCACCACCAAGUACUGCGCCAACUUCAUGAAGAACCAGCCCUGCCCCAAGCCCGACUGCAUGUACCUGCACGAGCUAGGUGAUCCGAAGGCGUCGUUUACGAAGGAAGAGAUGCACGCGGGCCUACACCAAGUGUACGAGCGCAAGCUGCACCACCAACUCCUACAGCAGCAGCGGGACAAGCCCGCCCCCACCCCAGGUAACUCUAGUACGAAUGCAGAAAAAGGCAGUUCAAAAGAUGGUAAUCAAUCGAACUUUAUUCCGACAACAGUGGUCACAUCGUCUCAUAUAAACGUAGUCAAUUCAACUAAAUCAAAUAAAAAGGACCCGGCGAAUAGCAAUAGUAACGGCCACGGUAACGGUAACGGGCACGGUAACGGUAGCGGUAGCGGCAGCAGCAGCGGCAGUAACGGCGACGCGAGCAGUAGUGCGAGCAGCAGUAACGGGAAGGAGGCGUGGCCAAGCCUCGGAUCGUCGCCACCGUCCGAAAGCCCAGCCAGAAAACAGCCGAGUCCGAAGCCACAACAGUCUACAGUUAAGUCACAAGAAAACGGCACAUCAGAAUCCUCAAGUCCCACACUUUUACAACAGCAGUCUCAAACAAAAAGCAAAGAUCACACGGCGGACAAAUCCAGGAGCAAAGAGAACGGCACAGCGGUACCGGCGAAGAGGAGCAAAAGCGAUAAAAAACACAAAAACAACGACACAGACGACUCAGACAAAUACACAAACACAAAUAUGAACACUAGCACACAACAGCAACAGUCUUUAUUCGAGAACGACACACAGAGUUUCCUAUCAAACGAAUUGGACGAGUUAGAAUCAGAUAGACACAGCCUUUUAGAGAAUCAUGACUUAUUAGACAAUAGUGACCACAGUUUGUUGGAAGACGACAACACGCAUAACCUUCUGAAUGAUGGGAACAACGAGGCGCUGAUGAUGCAGAGGCAUAGAGAAAUGCUCGCGGGCCUGGUCGAGCCCAACCAUAUACUGCCGCAUAUGAAGACUCCUUUAGUGAAUGGUUAUGGACUGUUAGACAGAGAUGUGAGCUAUUUAGGUAACGAAAGAGGGGUUAGUGAAAUGAGCCAAGGCCUGCUAGAGCAACAGAAGGAACUGGCGAUGCGUGCGCGCCGCGACCUGCUGCGGCCCGACGCGCGCCGCGACCGACGCUUCCUGCCGCUCGCCGGCCUGCCGCACGACUCCGCUAGUGAAUUAUUAGGUGAGAUAGGUCAGUGAGCGCCGCGGGUCACU